ACGAUGUUUUGGAUUUUGUCUUUAUUGAAAAAUCAACAUUCUUUUAAGCUCACACAAUUUUUAUUUUUAUUCACAUAUGUACAUUCAAAAAUUUUUUAGAAAUUAGCCAUCAUACAGUUGAAAUAUGGGUGUUAAAGGUUUAACAAGUUUUAUAGCAAAAAAUGCUGAACAAUAUAUGAAACCAUUCGAAUUACAUGACUGUGAUUUAGUGAUUGAUGGUGAUAAUUUGGCAUGCAAUUUAUAUAAAGAUGUAUCGGAGUGUAAUUCUGCUUUUGGGGGCGACUAUGAUAAAUACUACAGAACAGUAAUUAAAUUUUUUCAAUUAUUGUCACAAUGCAAUAUUCGAAGUUUCGUUUUGCUUGAUGGAGGUUAUGAACAAAAAAAAAUGCGAACUGUGCAAAGUAGAUUAAGAGCCAAAAUAGCAUGUAUUAAACAUAUUAAUCCAUCAAACAGCAGACCUAUGUUUCCUUUGAUGAUGCGUGAAGUUUUCGUCGAUGCUGUCAAAAAUUCUGGAGUUCACUUAAUGAGAUGUAUGUAUGAAGCAGACGAAGAACUAGCUGCAUUAGCCAGAUGUUUAAAUUGUCCGGUUUUAAGCUAUGACUCUGACUUCUAUGUUUUUAACGUUAAAUAUAUACCGUUAAUUACUUUAAGAAUGAAAGUUUUAGAAAAAAAAGAAAGUAAAAUGAAUCAAAGGCACGAAUUAAGAGCAUGUGAAGCAAAGAACUUGAAAAAAAAACAGCGAAUAAAUUCUGGUCAAUUAAUUGAACAUGAAGACAAUAUUAAAAUUAAAAAAACCAAAGCUAAAACAGUAAAAUAUUUAGAUUGUUGUCUGUAUAAAAUUGAAAACUUAUUAGAGAAAGGUAAACUUGAUAAAGAAAAAUUACCAUUAUUUGCUGCUCUACUCGGUAAUGAUUACAUUAAUGUAAAAAUGUUUAAAAGUUUUUAUUCGCAAGUAGGCAUGAAAGGUGUAUCCAAAAAAAUACCAAAACAUCAAAAACGUGUAAUGGUUAUUUUAAAAUGGUUAAGAUAUGAAUCAAAACAAUCAGCAAUGGAAAAAAUUCUUGGUAGAAUGAAAAAAGAUCAACGUGAAAUAUUAUUGAAACAAAUGCAAGAUGCAACAAAUGGGUACUUAAAUGAAAAGUGCACUUCUUUUAAAUAUUUCAAUUUAUCUGAAAAUGACAGAAAGUUGGAUUCUUCUGAUUCCGAAGAUAGUUUUGAAUCUGAAGAUGAAGAAAGUAUUGGGAAGGAAGAAGAAAAAGAAGGUCGACAUAAAAUUUUUCUUGUAGAGAGUGAUUCUUUUUCCGAAAAUGAAGAUGCGCUUGAAACUUCGGAACAAAAUGAUUCAGAUAAUGAUAGCGUGCUAGAAAUGGUAGACAAAAAUAUAGGAGAGGAAAUUUUAAGUAUUCAAAAUACAAAUUUAACUUCUGAGAUCGAAGAUAAUAGAGAGAAUCGGGAAAAUUCAAAGUCCAUACCGGAUGGUCUUCUCAUAAAAAUUUAUUCAGCUGCAUUUCCUCGUUUCGUAAACGAUUUACUAAAUUUAAAAUUAUACAUAAAUAAUCCACAAGUCGAAAACUUCUUAUAUCCAGAUUGUAACGAAAUUGCCGUUAAAAUUUUAUUAAAAAUAUUUGCAUAUUUGCAUUAUCCUGAAACACCAGAUCUUAGAUAUUUGACAAGAGUAGUACGUUUAACAAAUUGUAUAUAUAAAAAAUUUUCAAUAGUUGAUAUAAAAUUGAAUAGAGAAAAUAUGCUAGAAGAAUUAUUUGAAACAUCCAAAAUUGAUUUAGUAAAUUUAUUAAAAGAUUUACAAUCAUUUCCUGCUGAUAUAAGAUAUUACAUAAUUGUACUGAUUUAUUGGGCUAACAAUAGCAAAUAUUGUGAUAAAUUUCAUAUCCAUGCUAUUUUAAUUUGUUUAAUCAUAUUAAGAUUCAUUGAUACAAAAAUUGAACCUAUUAGGGAUGAGAAACAAUUUUUAAAAUUACAUGGGAAAAAAAUUCAAAAAGAAAAGAUGUUACGAAAUAAAAAUGAAAAUAUCUCAGAUAAUUUAAAUGGAGAAAAUAAUACGAAAAUUUUGAAAACAAAAGACAUAUUAAAUAAGUUACAAAUUUAUGAACGAAUUAAUUAUAUUCCUAAAACAGAAAUUAUUUUAUUACAACAAAAUUUUUUAAAAUAUUUUGUUUUUCAUGAAGAUCAUCGAAAAUCUCAUACAAUAUUUUCGUCAAUCAUAGUUCACGGUUUCUCUGAAUUUCAAGCUGUAAUAUAUCAAAUGUAUACAUUAAAUGCUUUAUUGGAUAUGCCAUUUGAACAAAUAAAAAUGUCCAAUUUGUACUCUGGAUUAUUUUUGUAUAAUAUAUAUACAAAUUUACAACAACGACUUGAUAUACAAUACUAUGUAAAAAAUUUUAUGUUUCAAAAUUCAGAAACUGUUUUUGAAUAUUAUCAAACUCUUUGUCAACUUUGUGAGACUUAUAUUGCAAUUUUUGAAUUAUCAAGUGAUACUGCAAACAAUCAGAUAAAGAAAAGUAAUAAAAAACUAAGACAAAAACUUAAUAAGAACUCAACAUUAAAAAAUCAAGACUGCACAUCAUAUCGGGAAGAUAUGAUUUCAGAUGCAGGUUCAAAAAGUAAUGAAGAAGACAUAAACUUAGCAAAUAAUAAAUUUGGUUUGUUAUCUAUUCAAUAAUAAUAAUGUUAUUUUUUGUUUUAGUUAA